AUGCAGGUACUGCUAACACACAACACUGACUGGCUUGGGAAGUAUCGAGGGUCUGGUCCCGUUGUACUCAAGCCAAAGACCACCCAAGAAGUGUCGUCUAUACUAAAAUACUGCAACGACAACAGCAUAGCAGUGGUGCCACAAGGGGGUAAUACGGGACUUGUGGGUGGCGGUGUACCUGUACGUGACGAGAUUGUUCUGUCCACUUCCCUGAUGCAAACCAUCGAGAGCUUCGACCCAGUCUCGGGUAUCCUCACAUGCCAGGCCGGCUGUAUCCUCGAAUCACUGGACGGCUAUCUGGCUGACCGUGGAUUCUGUAUGCCGCUCGAUCUGGGUGCUAAGGGGAGCUGUCAAAUUGGCGGAAAUAUCGCCACAAACGCCGGCGGCAUCCGUUUCGUGCGCUAUGGGUCUCUGCAUGGCACAGUGCUGGGCCUGGAAGUAGUACUCCCCGACGGUACGGUAGUAGACACCAUCUCCCCCUGCCGCAAGGACAACACCGGGUACGAUAUCAAGCAGCUGUUCAUAGGCUCCGAGGGGACGUUGGGUGUGGUGACACGUGCGUCUCUGUUGACGUCCAGUCGAGCCAGUGCGGUGAACGUUGCGCUGCUGGGAUGCGAGUCGUACGAGAGUGUCGUUGAGCUGCUUGCCCAGGCCAGGGGCAUGCUGGGUGAGGUGGUGAGCGCGGUUGAGUUCCUGGAUGACUCUUGCAUGGAUGUAAUCCAGACCAACCUGCCUGGGGGCACCAAUCCCCUGUCUGCCAACUACCCCUUCUAUUUCCUGGUCGAGACCUCUGGGUCAAACAACGAUCACGACACGGAGAAGCUCAAUAAGUAUCUCGAGAGCGUUAUAGAGAGUGGUGUGUGCGUCGACGGCACGGUUGCCAUGGAUACGACUCAGCAAAAGGCUCUGUGGGCCAUCAGAGAGGAAAUUUCUGGCGCGCUGUUGGGCGAUGGUUACGUUUACAAGUACGAUAUAUCUCUACCCGUUUCCAAGAUGUACGAUAUCGUGGAGGACAUGCGGAAACGAUGCGAGGGAUUGACUGUACGAGUGUGCGGGUACGGACAUAUUGGAGACGGCAAUUUGCAUCUUAAUAUCACUUCCAAGGAGUACAAUCCCGAGCUGUUGGCCAAAAUCGAGCCAUACGUUUACGAAUAUACAGCGGGUGAAAACGGCAGUGUCAGUGCGGAACAUGGACUGGGCUAUAUGAAGUCCAAGUGUAUCCACUACUCCAAGAGCCCAGCCGCGGUGACCCUGAUGCACCAAAUCAAGAGCCUGUUCGACCCCAAGGGUAUACUGAAUCCCUACAAGCUCCUUCCCCCAAAUUCAGCGAACAAAUAGGGCCCAAAUCACUUUAAUACAGCAACCCCGACCCUUACUACUACUGAGGCCUGGCUGGAUAGUACACGGACCUCGGAUUCGUCCUUUUUUCCUAACCGAGUGCAGUACGUAUGGGCUGGUGUCUCUGUCUCUAGACACAUGGUGUCUGGUGAGUACGCCGGGUGUGUAUAUCAUUGUCCCACCUGCUCCCGUGUCCUAUAGCUCGCUCGUCUGGUGAUAGAUUAAGGCCUGAUAUAUUUGGCGUGGCCUGCUGAAGUGGCUCCUGGUCCGCGUAAGGUGUGCUUAAUUUGAUACCCAUCUCAUCGCAUGGGGCUCCAAUGCAGUCAGCCCUCCGUCCCAAGGACCCAAUAGAUAACUAUCAGCGUUGCUCGCUGAAUUGUCUCACUCUGUGGUUGUUACAGCUGUGUGUGAUAAUAGAAACCCUGUGUAGGUCUGGAAUCUCCACCGCGACAGAGUGCAGACGGUCGGCGGUAGUAGCUAAAGCCUCACCACUUUGAACCACAUACGGCAGCUGAGUGUUGCACGGGCGAGUAUGACGAACUGGCCACUUAUGAAUUAGAAGUGGGUACCCACGUGAUUAAUUAUUAAAUGAGCG